CUAUUUGUUGUUAAGUUUACUUGAAGGUUGUCUUUAAUUUUUGCAUAUAAUUGUAAAGAUAAGAUUAUUGAACUAUUACAUUAAUAUUCACUCGACAAACAGUGUUUCACAGGUAAAAUUUAGCAUUACUAAUGACAAGUUUUUAGACUAAUCGGUUGAGUUUAGAAUUUCUUUGUUUAAAAAAAAUUAAUGAAGAAAGACAUGAUUUUUCUAUUCAACACAUUUUUGAUAUUGUCAUAUCUGUUACUGAUAUCAGCAGAUUAUAGUUACAAAAAUGCUGAUGAAUGGAAGAAUGAAAAUCCACAAUGUGGAGGUUCACGGCAAUCGCCUCUUGAUGUUGACCGAGUUGAGAUGGAGGACUCCAGUGGUGAACCUAGUGCAAUAAAAUUUGAACAUAUUUUUUCUACUGUACCUGAGAGAUUGAUUUUGCAGAACGACGGCCACACAUUGAAACUAAUAUUCGAAUGGGCUGAUGGUGAAGAAAAGAUACCUUACGUAAGUGGUUCAUCACUCGAACAUAAAUACACGAUACAUUCAUUUCAAUUUCGUUGGAGCUCUGACGUUAAUUCUGGAAGUGAACAUCGAAUUUCCGGUAAAAGUUAUCCAAUAGAAAUGCAAUCCGUUCACUAUAACGAUGAAUACGAUAGUUAUGAAGAUGCAGAAAAUACCGAAAAAGGAAUAUUGAUUUACUCUUUAUUUUAUGAAGUAGGAUCCGAAGAAUUUGAAUUCUUAACAAAGAUCAUCGAUAAAUUUCCGGAAGUCACUGAGCCAGGAACCGCUACCGAAAUAAAACCCUUCGCGAUGGGAGAUGUUUUUGAUGAGGAUGAUACCGCAAAUUUUUUCAUUUACCAAGGAUCUUUGACACAUCCGCCAUGCUAUGAGUCAGUUGUUUGGGUUGUAUCUGAUAGAAUUAUUCUAGCUACUUUGGGACAACUGCUCGCGUUUCAAAAAUUAAAUCUCUUCCAUCAUGAUGAUCACAAUAAUAGACUUUUACAAGAAAUAAAUGAUCGGAAAUUUGAAUUGGUUGUCAAGGAUAUGAAAUGAGCCAAUAAAGUUCCAUAAAAAUAAUUAAUAUUUAUCAGAUAUUAGUCCAAGUGACUUAAUUGUAUUAACAGUAUUCCUUCAAAUAUUAUGGAAUUAUGUUUUGGUCAUUAGUUGUAAGACGAAAAUAUUUCAGAAAUAAAUGAAUACAUAUUUUGAA